AAGAAGGCACGCGUUGCAUAUAAUGAUGUUGUUGUUGGCACUCCGUCGCGGGUUCCAGUUGAUCCGAUCAACGGAACAGCCUGUUCGUGAAAUUAACAUGCACUCCACAGACACGUGUACCCUUAACGUAGUUCUCGGGGAUAUUCAGCGUGACACAUUGUGACAAGGCUGGCCUUUUGAAUUACAGGCACAACAGAAACAAGAAGUAAGAGUAAGAGAAAGUUGUGGUGAAAGAGUACAGCAGAGUUCGCCACCAUCCCCUGCCGGAGCCUCGUGGAGCUUUAGGUGUUUUCACUCAAUAAACACUCACAACGCCCGGUCUGGGAAUCGAAACCGCGACUCCGCUGCCCUAACCACUGGGCCAUUGCGCCUCGACGCAUAUAAUGUACAUACAGAUGAAUAAGCCACAUUCACAUGUCAACAAGACAGCUUCCACUAUUAUUGAUAAUGCGCAUGUACAACCGGAUGUUUAAUCUAACAUUGUUUAUGGAAUGUCUUUGCUAAACAAUUAUUUUAUCAUUUCGGUAGAAAUCGUAAUUUACUGACAGACAAGUACUCAUAUUUAUACAGUGCAUUGUAGGACAUAUAUGUGUUUACUAACAACAUAUGUUAUCAUCAGUGACUUAAUAUCUGGUUUAUACGAGAAAUAUCAGAUGACAUUGGUAUAAAAGUAUUUCUUCAGAUGUAUCAUCAAUAUUUAUCAUCUUUUAAAGGAAGUUGUUACAUAGGAUGGAUGUAAUCCUGCUUCUAUAAAUUUGUGAUGGAAUUGGUGUGAAAUGUUGCUGUUGUGACCUGAGACCAGGAGUUGUAAAAAAAUUAAUUGAUGAAAAAUUAAUUGCACUAUAUUGGUUCAAUUAAUUGAUUGGAGUCAUAUUGCCAAUUAAAUAAUUGGUUGCUAUCAUAUCAAUUAAUUGCAACAUUGUCAGCGGAAAAUUUUCAAAUGGCUCAUACUCCAUUCGACGUUUAAUUAUUAUUGGAAGUAUUGUGUUGACGUUUUGUUCUGACUGCUGAGAAUAGUUCACACAUUCUGUCGUGCUUAAGAAUUGGCUAUUGUGUGUGUUGUCAAAUAACCGCUGCCAAGUGUUGACGCUUGGUUAGGACUUCCGAGAAUGAUUCACACAUUCUGUGAUGUUUGGGAAUUGGCUAUUGUGUAUGUUGUCAAAUAAUCGCUGUCGAGUGAUUCUUGGUUCUGCCAAGAAUGAUUCACACAUUCUGUCUUCAAGUCAUUAAAUCGUAACUUCGCCUGCAACGCAGUUGUAUCUUGAAUUUCGCUCCAAUAUAUUAACUGAAUUAGACUUUUUCAUCAGUAGUGUGGUGAAAUAUCUUCUAUUUUAAACUGUAGUGAAAUAUCUUUUAUUUUAAACUAACCCAUGCCGCGUGAAAAUGAGCAAAUUGUCAGAAAAUAUUUUAACCAAACAGAUAGUGAACAUGUAUGGAAAUGCAAGUGUGGAAAAAAGUUGACCCAGAAAAAAGGAACUGGGUGGACAAACCUUAUGAAUCAUAUAAAAAAUCAGCACCCAGAGUAUUCUACAACACAAGCAACUGGACAACCAUCUUCAUCAAGUUUUCUUUCACCAAGAAAUAGUUUGGUCAGUCGCUCAGCUUUAAAUGUUUAUGGUUGGAUUGAGUGGGUAUGUGUUGGUUUAAAACCAUUUUCCUUUACUGAAGACCCACUGACUCAUAAGUACACGAACUUGGGAAGUAUGACAAAUGUAACCUUAAAGAAAUACAUGGAGAAACUUACUCAAGAAGUGGAAAAGAAAAUAUCUGAUGAACUUCCAAGUAAAUUUUUGUUGGUAAUUGACGGUUGGACUAAGGGUUCGACACAUUUCAUUGGACUUUUUGCAUCGUAUUCGUGUAAUUAUCAAAAUGACUAUUGUACUGUUUUGCUGGCAUUUUCACCAAUGAAAUAUCAGAUGACAUUGGUAUAAAAGCAUUUCCUCAGAUGUAUCAUCAAUAUUUAUCAUCUUUUAAAGGAAGUUGUUACAUAGGAUGGAUAUAAUCCUGUUUCUAUAAAUCUGUGAUGGAAUUGGUGUGAAAUAUUGUUAUUGUGACCUGAGACCAUUAGCAAAAUUCUUCUACAUCCCAGCCAGGAAUAUGUUUGCGAGUUGGUUGUUUUGUUAUGAAACAUAGCGAAAUUUUCACAAGAGAUUGCAGUGUCUUCAGACACCAACAAAGAUCACGUUCUAUGGAAUCAUAGCAGUAGAAAUAAUUGUUAAGAAAACACAAGAAGAAACGAAGAGGAAUAAUUAUGGAAAAGGAAUUCUGUGAGAAGCCAAUUGAAAUUAAAACAGAGACUGAAAGCAUCGAUUUUCCUGAUGAGAUGCUGAAAGAGAUAAAAGAAAGAUCAUGUUCCUAUGAUAUGUGUGAAAAGUCGUUCUCUCAAAAAAGUCAUCCAACUGAUCACAAAUAUAUUCAUACCAGAGAGAAACCAUACAAUUGUGAUAUCUGUGGCAAAUCAUUUUCUAAAAAUAGUAACUUAAAUACUCACAAACGUAUUCACACAGGAGAGAAGCCAUAUCAUUGUGAUAUCUGUGGUAAAUCAUUCUCUACAAGUGGUAAUUUAAAUAGUCACAAACGUAUUCAUACAGGAGAGAAACCACAUCACUGUGAUAUCUGUGGAAAAUCCUUUUCUGAAAGAGGUACCUUAAAUAGUCACAAACGUAUUCAUACAGGAGAGAAACCAUACCCCUGUGGUGUCUGUGGUAAAUCAUUCUCUGAAAGAGGUACCUUGAAUACUCACAAACAUAUUCAUACAAGAGAGAAACCACAUCACUGUGAUAUCUGUGGUAAAUCAUUUUUUAACAUUGGUGCCUUAAAUACCCACACACGUAUUCAUACAGGAGACAAGCCGUAUUAUUGUGAUAUCUGUGGUAAAUCAUUUUCUAGAAGUGAUACCUUGAAUACUCACAAAUCUAUUCAUGCAGGAUACAAACCAUACGAGUGUGAUAUCUGUGGUAAAUCUUUCUCUCACACAUCGUCCCUAACUAAACACAGAAGUAUCCACACAGGAGAGAGACCAUACCAGUGUGAGAUUUGUGGUAAAUCAUUCCCAGAUAAAAGUAAAUUAAGGAGACACAUAUAUGUUCAUACAGGAGAAAAACCCUAUUCCUGUAAUAUCUGUGGAAAAUCAUUCAGUCAAAAUGUUGACUUGAAUAAGCACAUACGGAUCCAUACAGGAGAAAAACCAUAUCACUGUGAUAUUUGUGGUAAAUCUUGCUCUACAAGCAGUGACUUGAUUAAACAUAAGCGUGUUCAUACAGGAGAAAAGCCAUAUCAUUGUGAUAUCUGUGGGAAGUCUUUCUCUGAAGGCAGUGCUUUACAUAAACAUAGGCGUAUUCAUACAGGAGAGACACCAUAUCACUGUGAUGUUUGUGGUAAAUCGUUUUCUGACGGUAGUACCUUAAUUAAGCACAAAAAUAUUCAUACAGGAGAAAAACCAUAUCACUGUGAUAUCUGUGGUAAAUCAUUUUCUAAAAGUCAUGCCUUAACUAAGCAUAAACGUAUCCAUACAGGAGCAAAACCAUUCCAGUGUGACAUCUGUGGUCAGUCAUUCUCCAGAAAUGGAUAUUUAACUAAACACAAACACACUCAUAUUGAUGAGAAAACAUAUCACUGUGUUAUUUGUGGAAAAUCAUUCUCUCAAAGUAAUGAUUUAGCCAAACACAAACGCACUCAUACAGGCGAACGGCCAUAUCAUUGUGCUAUCUGUGGGAAAUCAUUCUCUCAAAGUAACGACUUAUACAGACACAAACGCACUCAUACAGGUGACAAGCCAUAUCAGUGUGACGUCUGUGAGAAAGCAUUUUCUACCAAUAGAUACUUAAUUAAACAUAAAUAUGUCCAUGCAGGAGAGGGACCAGACGCCCAUGAUGAUUUUAGUGAAUCAUUCUCUUCUGGUGAGGUUUCAAUUAUACACAAACCCAAUCCUGCAGCUGAGGAGGCAUAUCAGUGUGAUAUCUGUGGUAAAUCAUUUUCUCAACAAUAUUUAACUAUACACAAACGCACACAUACUGGUGAGAAGCCAUAUCUCUGUGUUAUUUGUGGGAAAUCUUUCUCUCAAAAUGUUCACUUAACUCUGCACAAACGCACUCAUACAGGUGAGAAACCACAUCACUGUGACAUUUGUGGCAGAUCAUUCUCUCAGAUAAGUACUUUGUCUAAUCACAAAUACAUCCACAGAGCAGAAAAACUGUACCUCUGUGACAUUUGUGGCAAAUCAUUCUCUAGAAAGUUUGAAUUAACUAGACACAAACGUCUUCAUAUACAGGCGUGACCAUAUCACAGAUAUUUUUUGGCUAUUCCUCUGGAACAUACCUCACACUUGUUUAUACAGUAUAGAAUACAUAUCAACUUGAUAUUUCGUAAAUAAAUUUCUGUUGGUGAUGGCUAAGCAAGACACGAACAUAUUAAAAUGAAAGAGAAGCCAUAUCACUGAUAUCUGUAGACACAAGAAAGAAGCUAUCACAAUGUUAUAAUGGUGUUCUAACAAUAUAUUUUAUAUAUAACUACAACUGAUGUUAUGUGUGAUAUCUUCAGCACUAGCAUGGCAUAAUCAAUGUUUUGUAUUACAGUGUGGGCAUUUUGAAUCAGAUGUAUGUGUUUCAUUAAUUGAGUAUUUAGUUCCUCAAUCCUGUUCAUGGAGAGUAAAAGGUUAACCUUCUAGAUGAGAUGUGAUGUAUAUAUUGCAUGUCCAGGAGAGGCUAUUCUUCCUGUCAAUGUUGCUGGAAUUCUGUAGCUAGUGUAUCCAUGCAUAACUUUUGCCCAUAUGAUGGGUAUUUCUCUUCCUAGUCUCUAACUAGUGCAAUCCAGCUCCUUUGUGUGUGUGUGUGUGUGUAUGUGUCCUUGUGUUGACGUUAUGUAAUAGUUAGAAGUGAGGUGUCCCUGUCAUGCAACCAGUGCCAUUUGUUUCAAAUCUUCCAUGAAGAACUUGGUUGGCCACAGCGAUGUGUUACCUUGCUUCAAAACUGGUGAGGAUUGGUGACACGAAAGGUAUAUGACUGUAGGAAAUUUGCAUCACUGAAUUGUUUGACCCAUGCAGGCAUAGAAAAGUAGACAUUAAAAUGAUAAUUAUGAUAUACACACAAACACAUAUUUGAGUGUUAAAAUGGUAGAAAAGUAUUCAAGACAUGUAGCUGUGUAUAUUUACUGACUCUUGUUUUAAGGACUCAUUUUGACUCGGGCCUGUCAUGGAGAAACUGAAACAAAUGACACUAUGGAUGAGCCUUUUGUUUACAAUGAUGAUGCAACACAUCAAAGCAUGUUAAGAAAC